AUGAGUCUCCGCAAUAAACCCAAGAGAGAGAUGAGCGCAGAGGAGCUGCAGAAGCGAGGGAAGGAGGAAUUCAACACAGGUCCUCUCUUGGAGCUCAUAGUCAAGAACAACACACAUGUGCUCAUUAACUGUUGCAACAAGAAGCUACUGGGACAGGUGAAAGCCUUUGACAGGCACUGCAACAUGGUGCUGGAGAAUGUGAAGGAGAUGUGGACUGAGGUCCCCAAGAGCAGCGAAGGCAAGAAGAAGUUCAAGCCUGUCAACAAGGACGGCCACAUCUCCAAGAUGUUCCUGGGUGGGGACUCAGUCAUCCUGGUGCUGUGGAAACUGCUCACCACCGACAAGUAG